CCACGGUCUGCGGAUCACAGUGGGUCCUACAACUUCCUCACUUCCCUAAAUGGGCAACUGCGCUUUCAGAACGCCAGGUCCUUCCCUGGCAGACCUAAGUGGCACAUCCUGCAGCGGCCUGGGGCCCUAACCCUGGAGGGGGGGUGUCCCUGGCCCCCUAUUGGCCUGUGACUGUCCCCAACUGGAUGGAGCCAUGGCUCCCGCAUUCCUGCUGCUGCUGCUGCUGCUACUGUGGCUCCAGGGCCCUGUCUCAGGUGUCCCUGCUGAGAACGUGUACACUAAAGUGCAGCACCUUGAAGGGGAGACUCUGUCUGUGCAGUGCUCCUACAAGAGCCGCAAAAACCACGUGGAGGGCAAGGUAUGGUGCAAAAUCAGGAGGAAGAAGUGCGAGCCUGGAUUCACCAGGGUCUGGACGCAGGGGCCACGCUACCUGCUGCAGGAUGACGCGAAGGCCAAGGUAGUCAAGAUCACCAUGGCGGCCCUCAGGCGCCAGGACUCGGGCCGGUACUGGUGCAUGCGCAACAGCUCGGGGACCCUGUACCCUCUGACGGGCUUCCUUCUGGAGGUGUCUCCAGCCUCCGCCAUCAAGAGAAGCACUCCUCUUCCACAGCUGGCCAGUAUCCUCCAGAGUGGAAUUGUCGUCACCGAGGGCCCAGCCCCCACCUCAGGCCCCGAUGCCCCUUUCACCACCAGUGUGACAGUGCUCACACCUGGUCUCUUCACCAUGACCAGACUCGUGCCCUCCGCUGCCUCAGGGUCCAUCAGACUGACCUCCAUGACAGGCUACAGCUUCACCAGCGCUGGCUCCUCUACCAUGGGGCCCGGGAAGACCAUGGGGUCCCAGACCGUGACUGUGCCCCCCAGCGAUGCCGGAGCCUCCUCUGCCGGCCCAGUGUCUGUGUCUACCAGGGCCGGGCCCCCGCGUGCCAGAUCACCCACCACAGGAACGUGCCAUACCCGUGGGUCUCUCGUCAACAAAUUAUCCCCUGACAGGCACCAGGAUUCAUAUCCCAUUGUGCUCCUGGGGGUGCUGACCUUCCUCCCAGUGCCUGUGAUGUUGAUCGUGGUCUAUGGGUUCUGGAAGAAGAGACACAUGGGGAGCUACAGGGUAUGCGACAAUCCUGCUAGAGCCUGGAGGGACCCACUUGGAAGCCCGGAGCCUCCAUGGAAGCCUGCUUGGUCCGAGGCCACUUAACUAUGGAGUAGGAAAGCUGUUCCUGGAGGGGCCCUAGGAGGCCAGGGGAGGAUUAAGAUGGGGACCUGUGUGAACUGGAGCCAGACCGAUGCUGGACUCAGGCCCCCCCUCCCCCCCGCAGAACCAGAGGCUGCUCUUGGCCCGCUCAGACCCCUUGGGCUGCCAAGAACCUGAGAACGCUCAGAAUGGAGGGCACCAGGCCAAAAACCGCAGGGCAAGCCACCGAGGGGAUCCUGAGUCCCAGGCCCCCGCUGGGUGGCAGAGAAGCCUUGUAGAGAGCUCAGGAGCCCCUUGUAUGCAGCAGAGGAGAGCAGACGGGUGGGCCGCUGCUCUCUCCCCAUCCCGAACCCUGUGCCCUCAGCCGCCUUCUGCUCCCCUCAAGCUUCCCCACGUGCUUGGGGAGGAGAGUGUCUCAGGGGCCCCGCCCUGGAGGAGAAGAAGGAACAGUGACCAACAGUUGGAGAUCCACAGGGGUUUGGCAGCAGGGGACCCCAGAGCGGCCUAAGCCCCCCACCCUUGGGGCCCCGCGCCCUCUGAUGGGCCUCUGGAUGUGCCCUACCUUGACUGCAGUGCCUGUCCCUGAAGUCCUGGGAGCCAGCCAGCAGAGGCCACCAACCCACUGCGGCCUGUCACCCAUUGGCAGGCCCUCUAGGGACAGUUGUGACCAGGCCGCCCAGAGCCCCUUGGCUGCAGGACCAGCCUGUCCCCAGAUGGGGGCUGUACUCAGGGCUCUUCCCCUCGGUUCCCAGCUGCAGGCCUGAGCUCUCACAGAAGGCGGAGGGCCCUCCAAAGUCCACUGCAGGGGAGGCCACGGCUCAGAAAAGGGUGGAUCGCCCACCCGGCCCCAAGGACUCAUUGUCCCCUGGGAAGAGAGGAGCCACGUGGGACCCAGCAAGGACAGCCUGGAACUGAGCACAGCCUGGAGGAACGCCUGGGGCUGGAGGAGGGCAGGGAGUCUGGCCUCUGCUUCACUGGCCUCCGCUCAGACUUGGCCUCGCCUGCCGUGAAGGCUGGAGAGUAUGGGCUGGAUUCCUCCCCUGGAGCAGGGGCCCUACUAGUCUGGAGCAACUGGAAUAAGCACCUAGGGAUCAAUGUGGCAUUUCCACUCUCCCCCUGGAGCAGGGCCCUCCCAGGAGGGACAGCAGAUGUCAUUGUCAGGAGAGUGACACGGCCAGGGCCUUGAUGGGUGGCUGGGGGGCCACCCCAGAAUGGAGGUGGGGAGACAGGAAGGGACAGAAGGUAAUCCUGGAGGACCGCAGGGAAGAGGCAUCUCUUUCCUGCGUCCAGAAGGGGGCACUAGAGGAGGGACUCAGAUUGAGGAACCCACAAGCCCGGUGUCAGGUCAUACACACACGCGCGCACCCAGAGUGAUUUCGGUCCUCUCUAUCAGGAGGGCGUGCCCACGACCUUGGUGUGCAACUAGGAGGGGGUUCAUUUCCCUGGGGAACACAGCUCCCCCAGACCCCCACUCCAUUCAAGAUCCUGCAACAGCACACUUACAGCCCCGCCUGUGGGAGAGCCGCAGAGGGCUCAGGACGGGGACUGGGGGAUGCCCCCUGUCACUGUGUGACCCUGUGCAAGUAACUAACCCUAUCAGACCUCAUUGUCCUCUGUUGUGAAAGAGGACACUAACUCUACCUCCCAAGACUGCUUUCAAGGAUCAAGUAGAGUGACAGGAACCUCUUACCACCGAGUAAAUGCCUCCUGAUUGCUCGUCCCCAAGCUCUUCUCCAGCUCUAGCGUAUGCUUUGUCCACACUAAAGCCCUCUGGGCCCUA